CCAAUAUGGCAGCCGUCGUGAUAGCCGCACAAGUCAGUGUCGCGGAAAUGUUUUGAACUCGCAACUCGAGCAACCGCGACGACCGGUCGACGUGCGACGCAUAGGCGUGUCUGGUGGAGAAUACCAGCCGCGAAGCGUGUUGUGCUUAACGGCACUAUUAGAAUAGUAGACUAGUUAGAGCUUAAUUAUCUGCUAAUUGGCUUCCGGGACUCGUCGGGGGAAAGUCGGGAUUCUGGAAGGGACUUGAGGCAGCCAUGGGCAAGCAAAACAGCAAGCUGAAGCCGGAAGUGCUGGAGGACCUCAAACAAAAUACUGAGUUCUCAGACGCGGAGAUCCAGGAAUGGUACAAAGGAUUCUUAAAGGACUGUCCCAGCGGUCACCUCAGCGUGGAGGAGUUCAAAAAGAUAUACGGGAACUUCUUUCCCUACGGCGACGCAUCGAAGUUUGCGGAGCACGUAUUCAGGACGUUCGACGCGAACGGCGACGGCACGAUCGAUUUUCGGGAAUUCCUCUGCGCCCUCAGCGUAACGUCCCGCGGCAAGCUCGAGCAGAAGUUGAAGUGGGCCUUCAGCAUGUACGACCUGGACGGCAACGGCUACAUCUCGCGGCAGGAAAUGCUGGAAAUAGUAACGGCGAUCUACAAGAUGGUGGGCUCGGUGAUGAAGAUGCCGGAGGACGAGUCGACGCCGGAGAAACGAACUGAUAAGAUAUUCCGACAGAUGGAUAAGAACAAGGACGGCAAGCUAUCGCUCGACGAGUUUAUAGAGGGUGCGAAGAGCGACCCGUCUAUCGUGCGACUGUUGCAGUGCGAUCCUAGUGCACAAGCUCAGUGAGGCCCUGGGCCGAUACAGACAAGUACUGCUAUGCCAUCUGCAUACCCGAAUCGGAGCCCGGCCCAAUUAGUAUCCAGUGCGGGAGCGACGCGAUCCUAGAGCCUCGUCGAGCUCGACCGGUCCGUGUUUCGAGAAACCGCCGAGAAACGUCACCCCAGCACCCUUCAGAUUCCCCUCCACCCGUAACAACACACAGUAGCUGCAAGUCGUCCCGACGGACGAUUGAUUCGCCCGCUCUCUUGGAUCAUACCGAGUAGUAGUAGUAGUUAGCUGUUCAUCCAAAGGUUCCCCAGGAUACCCGAAAAAGACCGAGAGAAAGAGAGAGAACGUUAACUGCGCUGCGGUUGCGAAGCACCCUUAAAUUAGGUAAGCGAACGAUUUUGUGUUUUAACGUUAGACACCGCAUUCUCAGCGAGAAACAAAUAGAAUGACGUCACCGACAUCCCUCCUGACUUGAUCAGUGACGACAGCGGAAUAACAUCCACCCUCCCCGCGUUCGUGGCCCCAGGCUUCAUCGUCUCCCAGCGAACCCGCAGAUAUUUCAAAGAAGCGUACGCAUCCUAGUUUUAAGCUCGCUCACCGGAUCGCAUCGUUCUCCCCUGACGUGAUAUUAGCGAUCGAGGGUACCGUCUUGGCGGUUUCUCGCGGAUGUUCUGGGAUCGCGCGCGCUCUACGCGCGCGCGUUGAAGGCACACGCGAGGGUUGCUGUCAAUUGGGCCGGUAACCGAGAGGUCCAGGGUCACUGGGCCCAUGGCGCUUGCGCAUACCGCAAGCUAGUCGACAAGACUAGUCCAGUCGCUCCGUUUCGUUGACGGAUCGGUUUAGCGAGAAGCUUGUUACGCCUUUUCGGUCGCGUUUGAAGCCAGGCGCGCUACGCACGACGGCGAGGGGAGGCGCAUUCGCGCGGAACGCGGGCGAGGGAGUGACCUCCGGUUGCGUCGGCGCUGCCGAGACCAGUUCCUCCGGCGGUCCUGAGCGGUUGGAAUUGUCACGACGGCGAUCAGCGAAAUUCUAAAAUACUCUGUGUUCGUAGAUAGCCGCGAUCUCUCCGGCAGCGCGUGCGCGCGACGGCCGGCAGCUUCGAGCGUCGACGCUCGAGGGUUUCCACCGUCUUCGCUUUCCGUGACUCCUCCUCCCCUUCUAUCCCACCCUUCCUCUCUCCUACUCCUUCUCCGGGCGAGGAGAAGCGCGCGCUCGAGCGCGCCGCAGCGCACACCUUGUACAUACGAGCGAGGUCGCGGCGACGCGACCUCGCACUGCGGCGCCUCGGACGCUCGCUCGAACCUCCGGGAGGUUCUCGCUCGCUUCUGGUAGCGCGCCGUGGCACCGUCGUCUUUGCGCAUCGCGCCCGCGGUCUCCGACCCUCCGGGUCGGACGUCAUCCAUCUCUACGUGGACGCACUGAGACACGCGUCUCAGCCGGCCCUCACGGACCUCGAGUGCCGGGCCUUCUCGCCGCUCGCGGCCAACGCGUGGCCCAUCAUCACGGACUGAAAACCUACGCGGAAACGGAAAAGACUCUCGCAAGAGACUAUACGCAUACACACUCUCUCUCACACGCUUUCUUCACACACACACACAAAUACGGGGAGAAAUGAUUCGCCGGUGCGGCAAAGUCUGUCAGUUACUCUGUGGAUUUUCAGCAAAACGAUUUGUUUAAGAGUUGAACCAACUGCCGCUCGCUGGUUUAUUUUUUUGAGUUUACUCAUUUUCUUGUUGUAGAAAGAAUUUGGUAAAUGUGGGAGGACGCUGUUUGGUUCGGACGGCGAAUAAACGCGUCCUAAGGAUAAAUAUAGUUAUGCGAGAAGGAUAUCCGAUUCAUGAAGUUAUAAUUUUUGAGAUUUUGUUACUAAUGGGUAGUCUACAUGUUUUUUUUUUUUUUCUCUACACUAUGGGUUAAGUUAGGAUAGUUAAAAACAGCUUUUACUUUCUACCGGCGCUGUUUUUCACUAGUUGCGUCUUUCUUACUCAUUUUUUCAAGGGCUGAGCUUGUCAAUGAAUAACCUUAAAGAGGGAACCAAAAUGGAAAAUGGGUCAUGUUUGACUUGUUUUGAACUUCCCCCUCGGUUGCGAAGUACUCCAGUGCUAUUAAUACUUUUUUAAAUCACGCGUCAAAUUUUCAUCCUCAUUUCUCUCGAGACUUAUUCCAUACGGAUCCUUUUGCAUAACUAUGACCAAAUUCACCCGGCGGAAUUUUUCGAUCCCGGCAGAAGGAUUAUAUUUCUUAUAUUCCAAUUACGAAUUCGUUCAUUUGGUUGCGCCAAUGAAAUUUUACCGCAACGAGUAAGCGAUAGUAACGAUGAUUUCGCAUCCAACGGCAGCAUUAUUUUCCCUCGUAUAUUUACACACAGACACACAAUCGCGUGCGGCCGUCUCACCGCGCUAGCAACGAAACUUUUAGCGAUUUUAGAGAUCCGCGAGCGGGCUAAAGGUCACUGCUGGAAAUCGAAGUCUCGCGCGUACGGCCGCUUCGUUAGCUCCAAACGCGCUCAGAGACCGAUCUUGAUCAGAGCUUGAUCCAGCUGCGGAAAGGGGGAGAGAAGCGGCGUGUGAGACGCGACACGGUCGUCGCCCAUGGAUGAUGGUGCGUCGCGCUCGCUCUCGUCGAAGGUGCUGCGUAAACGGUGCUCGGUCCCGUCGCAGAAAGGAGGGCGAUCGCUGGCCCUUUGCCUCGUCGCGAUGUUUCGACUGCGACGCGGAAGUCGCAAUAGCUGUCCGAUCAAACUCAGCCGGAGAGAGAGAGAGAGAGAGAGAGAGAGAGAGAGAGAGAGAGAGAGAGAGAGAGAGAGAGUUUUUCCCUUAACAUUACUGUUAUUAUUCACAACGUCGUCAUUGGAUCGUUCUUAGUGACCUUUGUCGUUACGGUGGCGUAGUAAGAUGAAGAUAAUCUCUCGUACUCUCUUGGAUAGCAUGAACGGGGUCCGGCUUCUUUCCAAUCUCGCUAAUGGAAAGCGAAACAUACA